AUGGCUCUUGAAGAUAUUGUGCACUUGGAAGUCUUGGGAAUGUUAGAGGAAGCUGAAAUUAGAGCUGUAGGUAAUCGGCCUAGGCAAUAUUAUAAUGCCCAAAAUGUUAUGGAAGAAUUAUCUGACCACCAGUUUCUAAAAAAGUUUAGACUCAAUAAGGCUUUGGUUCAGGAGUUAAUAGAUGUAUUAACACCGUACAUGAUUGAACCAUAUAGAUUUUCUUCAAUCCCAAUUAAGAUAAAAGUUUUGACAGCUUUGCGGUUCUUUGCUAGUGGCUCGUAUCAACUUGAUAUAGGUGAUAAUAGAUCAUCAGCAUUAAGUCAGCCAUCUGUGAGGAGAUGUAUCGCUGAAGUGUCUAAUGCACUGAAUCAACUAGAUAUCAUUAAACGUUAUAUUAGCUUUCCCGAUAGUUUUGAAAAAUUAAAUGCAGUACGUAGAGGGUAA